AUGGAAGAAAUGAGCCAUAAAAGUGUUGGUCAAACACACGCUAACACAUUGGACGAAUUUUCCCAGUCAAGUUCUUCAACCUUAGCUGACAACAACUGUGAAAUCCCCUACAACACCAACAAAAACCCGAACAAUCCCAACGAAAACCCACACAAGGCAAACGUACACCAUAACGACAACAGCCAAAACUCCAAAAACGCUAACAAAAACCCUGUUUACAACGGCAAAGAAAACCCAAACAGCGUCGUCAAAAACGCUUGCAACAUCAAUGAAAAGCCGAACAACGUCAACGAAAUUUUUAACCAAACGAAGAAAAACGCUAAUGAUACAAACGAAAACACAAUUAUUACAAUCGGAUGCACUGAUGUUUAUGACAUUGCUGAGACUAUCGAGAGUAAUGGUAACAAUACUAACGAAGAACAACAGUAUUUUCAAAAGUUUUGUAGCUACGACAAACCUGAUGAAGAUGAAGAACCAGUUUCGAAGAGCCCGAAAAUUUUAACGUCCACUCAAAGUAUUUAUCAGAAGAAAGUUAAAACAGGCGAAGGCUCAAAGUUAGUGGUUUUUAAUGAAGACAAGAUACCUCAAGCUUUAUGCACAUUAUUUUCUAUGAAAACUUUGCACAACCGCCCUGUACCAAAAAGUCAUGUUGGCAUAGUCAUUGAUUACGUCAUGCCAAACUGUAAACUCAAGCCAGUUUGUCCAACAGAGCUUGAUGGAGAUUUUGUCGAAAAAGGGGCGUUUUACAUAUGGCCGCUUGAAUUGUUGGCAUUGAAUAAUAACUUCCCGAAAUAA